AUGUCUGGUUCAUUAGCUGCAGGUAGAGGAGGAAAUGGAAGUAGCAGUGAUGUACCAGUACCUGAUCCUCAACCUUUUUCCAUUCCUCACUUGUUUGUUUGGCCUCAUGGAGGUGAAAGCGCGUUUCUAUGCGGUUCUUUCACUGGAUGGUCAACAAAUUUACCAAUGUCUCGAAUUGAAGGCCGCCCGACUGGAUUUCAAGUUGUUUGCUACUUGACUCCAGAACUUCAUACGUAUCAGUUUUGUGUGGAUGGUGUGUGGCGGCACGAUGAGCAGCAGCCAUUUAUAAACGGGUUCACUGACACAGUGAACACUAUUUCGGUGGCAGAACCAUAUAUGUUACAUGGAAUGCCUAGUAGAUCACAUAUGCACCUUAUUAAUGUCAAUAGACACAUGGGAGCUUUUCCUAGGACACCAGAGUUUGCUCUGCUUGUGUCUCGCUACCACAUAUAUAAAUAUAUGUCAAUAAAUACUGCUAAUGAUUUGCUUCCCGAGUCUGGCAAGGUUAUUGUCUUGAAUAUGGAUUUAUCACUUAAGCAAGCAUUUCAUAUUCUUUAUGAACAGGAAGUAUCUUUGACUCCUGUGUGGGAUUCUAGGAAGUGCAAGUUUGUUGGAGUUCUUAGUGGAAUGGACAUUAUUCAAGCACUGAAAGAGCCGGAGAGUCAUCGAUCCACUUUGACUGAUGAAGGACCUGAGACACAUACUUUAGCAGCAUGCAUAGAGAGAAAAUUACAGCAAUGUGGAACUGAUAGUAAUGGGAAAACAUAUCCUUGGAGUUUUGUUGAUGCUAGGCCCUCUGAGAGACUAGAAGACAUCGUUUUAAAAUUUUUGCAAUACAAGGUGGCAGUAGUUGCUAUUAUGCAUUCUUCUUCCGAGGGCGGGUCAACUCCUCAGCUGCUACAUAUGACUUCUCCCUCAGAAAUAAUAAAAUGUAUAUGCAAGCAUUUCAAGAACGAUUAUGGCUCUUUGCCGGUUCUUCAACUACCAAUUGGUUCGAUACCUUUGGGUACAUGGGCGCCAAAAGUGGGGGAAUCCAAUAAACAGCCAAUUGCAACGCUAAGGCCAAAUGCCUCUCUUAGUGCUGCUAUCUCUCUAAUGAAUCAAGCUGAAGUUAGCUCAAUACCAAUUGUGGAUGAUUCUGGUUCAUUAUAUGAUGUAUAUUCAAGAAGUGAUCUUACUGCAUUGGCUAGAUGUGAAAUGUAUGCUAGGAUAAGCCUGGAUAGUUUUAAUAUCUCUGAGGCAUUGAAUUUGAGAAAAAAUGGAAAAUGUCCUUACGGACUUAUACUUCCAACGUGUUUGAGGUCCGAUCCAUUGCACGUGGUGAUGGAAUGCUUGGCUAAUUCUGGUGUUGGAGAAGUUGUGGUCGUAAAGUCUGCCUGCAGGAGUGUGGAAGGGAUCAUUUCCAUAGGUGAUGUGUUCAAAUUAUUGUUGGGUUAG